AGGAGUUACUGAUCGGUUGUUGGCAUCAGGCCUCCCAUCAUGAACGGGCCGAUGCACCCGCGCCCCCUGGUGGCGCUGCUGGACGGCAGAGACUGCACCGUGGAGAUGCCCAUCCUGAAGGACGUCGCAACCGUGGCGUUCUGCGACGCCCAGUCCACACAGGAAAUCCAUGAGAAGGUGCUAAACGAAGCCGUGGGGGCGUUGAUGUACCACACCAUCACCCUGAUGAGGGAAGACCUGGAAAAGUUCAAGGCGCUGCGCAUCAUCGUUCGCAUCGGCAGCGGCUACGACAACAUAGACAUCAAAUCCGCCGGGGAGCUCGGUAUAGCCGUGUGCAACAUGCCAGCAGCGUCGGUGGAGGAGACGGCAGACUCCACGCUGUGCCACGUCCUCACCCUGUACCGACGCACCACCUGGCUGCACCAGGCUCUCCGUGAAGGGACGCGGGUUCAGAGCGUGGAGCAGAUCCGAGAGGUGGCGUCAGGCGCGGCCCGGAUCAGAGGAGAGACGCUGGGACUCAUUGGGCUCGGCCGGGUCGGCCAGGCCGUCGCCCUGCGAGCCAAGGCCUUCGGCUUCAACGUGAUUUUCUACGACCCGUAUUUGGCCGACGGUGUAGAAAGAUCCCUGGGGCUCCAACGGGUCACCACCCUACAGGACCUUCUCUUCCACUCUGACUGUGUCUCUCUGCACUGCAGCCUCAACGAGCACAACCACCACCUGAUCAACGACUUCACCAUCAAACAGAUGCGGCAGGGGGCGUUCCUGGUGAACACAGCCAGGGGGGGCCUGGUGGAUGAGAAGGCUCUGGCUCAGGCUCUGAAGGAGGGCAGGAUACGCGGGGCGGCUCUGGAUGUCCAUGAGACAGAACCUUUCAGCUUCAGUCAGGGUCCACUGAAGGACGCUCCCAACCUGAUCUGCACGCCGCACGCCGCCUGGUACAGCGAACAGGCGUCACUGGAGAUGAGAGAAGAGGCGGCGAGGGAAAUCCGGAGGGCUGUGACAGGUCGGAUCCCAGACAGUCUGAAGAAUUGUGUGAAUAAGGAGUUUCUCUCACCCAACAACCACUGGGCCGUCGACCCGGCUGCGGUCCACCCUGAGCUCAACGGCGCCUACAGGUACCCCGCCGGGGCUGUGAGCUUGCCGGCCGGCGGCCUCCCUCCGCCCGUCGAAGGCAUCAUCCCGAGCGCCGUGCCCAUCACGCACACCCUCCCGCCCGCUGCCGCACACCCGCCCCACGCGCCGUCUCCCGGACAGAACACAGUGAAGCCACCAGAGGGCGACAGAGAGCAGCACCCCAGCGACCAGCUGUAGCCCCUCUGCACACGGUUCAGGUCACACCUGCCUCCCAACAGGCAGGUCUCCCUCCCAGCUGGAGCAGGACUGACGCUUUACUCAACAACCCAGAGAGUUCCUCUAAACCAACAUCUGAUCGUUGGUGCCUCAACAGAAAAAGUGGAAGCAAUUUUAAAUUGAUUUGGGGGAAAAGAAUCCAGAAAAUCUUUAGAGGGUUUCAUGUGUUCUGUGUCUUUUCCUUAUGUGAUGUGAAAGCAAAGUUAUUGGGUUUGACAUGAAUGUAACCUGCCUGUGAACAGAUUUUAGAACAUGAUGAUAUUUGUAUUCCAGUCUUGACUGGUUUAAAAAUACAAUAUCUCGUUUUCUUUUUAUUUGUCCCUAAAUUAGCAAGGCCCCAAAAACGAGGCAGCUUUUUUGCACACCAUCUCAGGAACCUACGUUUCCUCAGUUGGUAAUCUAGUUUUUUCUAACAUUUUUCUUUUCUAAAUAGUUUUUAUGCCACUCAGUGCUUUUGUUUUUCUACCUGCUUGCCUUUCCGCGUCCCGCUGCGUUAGAAAAGAACAACUUUAGUGAGAUAUAAAGUUGAUCUAAUGCCUGUUUCUGUUGGCUUUGUUUCGGGAGCAUGUCUCUUUGCUCUGGGAUUGUGUAAAUGUUCGAACCGGAGGCGAAAUGGGAGGAACGUUUUAGGAGAGGUGGUGAAAUGGUAAACAAGCUGGGACCCGUUGA